UCGUCUCCUCUGUUCUCGAAACAGAUCAUCUCUCUCUCUUUCUCAAAGCACGAAACUAUGGCCUCAAAAUCAAUCGUCGUUUUCCUCCUCCUCGCUCUCAUAUCUUCCUCCGCCAUAGCUCAAGCUCCGGGACCAUCUCCGACAAGAUCUCCUCUUCCGACCACUCCUUCAAUUUCUCAGCCUCCGAGAACCGCCGCACCAACUCCUUCACGCGCUACCAUUCCUCCACCGUCUGUAGCUCCCACGGAAGCUCCUACUUCUCCUCCGUCUGGCUCACCGACCUCCACUGUCGCUUCACCGCCGGCUCCUCCGACAUCUCUUACCCCCGAGGGAGCUCCUUCGUUUGGUCCGACCGGAUCUACUCCUGCUAACGACAACAACAACAACAACGCCGCUGCUAUCUCCGCCGGAUCCUUCGCCGGAUUCGUUUUCGUCGCUUCUUUGUUGCUGUAAUUUGGUAUUUUAGAUUUUUCAAUUUAAGGAUUUUUAUUUGUUCUGUUUCCUUUCUUUUUAAUUUUAGUUUUUUUUUGUAAUCUAAGAGUUUAGUAAUGGACGUUUAGAUAUUAGAUUUUGAGUUUUAAUAGUCGAAUUUAGUAUUUAUUUGUGCUUUAUCGUUUGUUAUUAUUAGUAAUAAUAACACAUUUUUAUAUCU